GGGGUGUACUCACUUUUGUGAGAUACUAUAAAUGUGUGGAAUUAGUGAAUAAGGAUGUAACAGAUGUAGAAGAAGUGAAUGCAAAAGUGGCAAUUAUACAAGCAGGUGAAGAAACAAUUCCAAAAAAGAUAGGAAGUAAACGAAGAAAGAGCGUGCGAUGGUGGGAUGAGAACUGUAGUAUAGCAAUUAAAAAGAGAAAUAAAGCUUUUAGGCACCUCAAAUCUCACCAUACACUGGAAACUUUGAUUAACUAUAAAAGGGCACAAGCAGUAGUUAAGAAAACAAUUCGAUCCAGCCAAACGUAUAUAUUGGAGACAAUUCUGCAAUAAAAUUGGAAGAGAAACCCAGCUAUCAGACAUAAGGAGAACAAUUAGGAAAAUCAGCAGAAUAAAAAACAGUGUGGAAAUACCAGUGUUAAGUAACAAUAAUAAAAAUGCGAUUAGCAAUGCAGAAAAAGCAGAACUUUUGGUAAACAGAUCCACAGUACUGAAAAUUUAUCCUCAACAGCCAAGCAGUACUAGACACUUGCCCAAAAUCCAGGGAUAGUAGAAAUAAGGACUACAUCAGGGGGAGAGUUGGACUUGACAUUUACUCUAUUUGAAAUAAAAAGAGCUAUAUUAAAUGCACGGCAAACGGUAUCAGGGAAAGACGGAAAAGUUAAGUCUCAUGAGAGACAUCACACUUGAUGUAGUAUUAAGACUGUUCAAUAUGGUAUGGAAUACAGGAAAAAUCCCACUAUUAUGGAAACAGGCAGUUAUAGUGCCAAUACUCAAACCUGGCAAAGACCCAUCAGAUCCAUCAAGUCAGUCAGGAUUUCAUAAAGGGAAGGGGAGAAUGGAUUCUGUAUUAUGCCUGGAGUCAGAAGUCAGGAAAGCUCAAACUAACAAAGAAAGUGUAAUUGCUGUAUUUUUUGAUGUUGAAAAGGCAUAUGAUAUGCUUUGGAAGGACAGACUUCUUAUUAAACUCGACAAAUUUAGAUAUAAAUGGUAAGAUAUAUAAUUGGGUAUUAGACUUCCUGUACAGAAGAACAAUAGAAGUUAGAGUAGGUGCAGAAUAUUCAAAUAGAUAUGCAGUGGAAAAUGGUACUGCACAAGGCAGUGUAUGUAGCCCAAUACUGUUUAAUAUUAUCAUUAAUUACAUAUUUGAUCUAGUUGGAGAAAAUAUAAGAGAGAGAUAGUUUGUAUAUAUUGUAACCGUAGUUUUGACAGGUAUAGGUCAAAGGUCAAAAAGAUACACAUUCUAACUCUCUAUAUCUAGAUCAAAGGUCAUGAUCAUAAAAAUAUGAAUAGUUAUGUUAAAUCUGGAUCACAUCCAUUCGUGACCAUAUAUGGUGCUGCCAUGUGUGUUUUUCCGCCCCACACACGUUGCGCACACAUGGUACAUCUUUUCACAUAGAAUAUGAAACUCUCUGUGGUAGGUCAUAAAAAUAUAUAUAGUUAUGUUAAAUCUGGUUCACAUCCAAAUCGUGACCAUACCUGGUACGGCCAUGUGUGUGUCCCCCCCCAACCCCCACCCCACCACACACACACACAAGUUGCACACUCAUGUUUUUUUCUAACACUCUGUGGUAGGUCAUAAAAAUAUAUAUAGUUAUGUUAAAUCUGGUUCACAUCCAUUCGUGACAGAAACGUUACCAUACCUGGUACGGCCAUGUGUAUCCCACAUCCAAACAAAAAUAUCACACAAACACACACACACACACACACACACACACACACACACACACAAACACACACGUGCAUGUACAGACAAACGCAUGCAUACGAACCUGCUUAUAAAAGUUGAGCAUCCCUCUAGGCUUUAUAAUACUCUGUACUUAGAACAACGUGUGCGAUCUUACAACAUGGCUGAUGUUUGUCCUAACGCGCCGAAAAAAGCUCACCCUUUUUUGGGAAUAAUAGAAAAAAUGUUAGAACAUGAAAAGAUUCAAUAUUGGGUAAUGUCAAACGGAUGUACAGCCGGGUUUUUUUUCGAUGCAGAAAAAGGAACCGUUUUGCUUUUCAAGUUCUCGGUCCCGGGAACACAUGAUCUUUUCCUUUCACGUAGAAUAUGAAGCACUCCGAGUCAGGCCUAGGUCAAAAGGUCAACAACGUAAAACCCCCCUUCUGAUGCAUUCCCGAGCACAAACACACCCCACACACACACACUCGAAUGCAUACGAACCUGUUUAUAAAGUCGAGCACUUCGAAAGUUUUAACAUCGGAAAAGGUUCGACCGAAUUUCCAGAGUCAGUUCUUCACUACUUCGAAAGUUUGAACAUCGGCAAAGUUCAACAGAAUUUCCAGAGUCUAUCCUUCACUACUUCCAGACACCAUGGAUUUCUCGGCAGGUAAAAAUUUGUAUUUUAAUCAAUUAAUAGUUAAAUAUAAAUUGAAAUACAAUGUUUAUGUAAUUAUCCAGUAGGCAAUGAUAUUGAUAUAAACUUAGAACUAAUCAUUCUGAGUACAAAAAUCAUCAUCCUUAUCUGGUCAUUAUGUAAUCUGGUACGAUACUUUAUCUAAAUUGUAAAUAUUCAUUACAUUUAUAUUACAGUGCAAGACCGAGUUAAGCUCAUCUGAUUCUAGUGUAUAGGUAAUUAAAAUUUGUCUCUUAGAUCUAUGUAGUGAUCUAAAAUGAGAAUGUUAAGUUAUUAAAAGUAUGUUUUACUGUUUUAUAGACAGCUUGGUGAUUAUUUCUGAUGAUGAGAUUCCCGAAACAACCACUCAUGACCUUUUGAAUCUGAGUUCCACACAAUUUGAGGGAAACGUGACUAACAGUGAUUAUGACGGAGAUAUUUCAGAUACGAGUGCUGCAAUAGAAGACCAAGAGGAAAUCAUCUCGGAAACCGACAUUCAACAAGACAUCGAACUACAACAGAUCUGCGCAGUGUGGCGUGAAUUCUUCGAAGCAAAGACUGAUUUAUUGGAAAACUUUGGACAGAUUGAUUAUACACUUGAUUCUGGUCGAGGUACAGAUUUUAUCCCUUUACUGUACAGCACGCUUGAAAAUGUGAAUAGAUGUCUCACAGUGAGCAUAAAGUUGAUUAGAAAAUUGUAUGAUAGAUAUGGCGCAGAAACGACUGAAAUGCAGUUCGGAUAUGGAGACUAAAAAAAAGAGAACCGAAAAUUCUCCAUUAUCACAUGAUUUCUUUUAUGACGGAAACCAGAGUUUUUCAAAUGAUUCGCACACACCCCUGAACCCAUGUUUAACUGAAGCGAUCAACCGGCUGAACGAAAGUUUAAUUCCGUCACACCAAGUCGUUAGUGAGAGACCUAAUCAGAGUCCAAAUCACGUCGUAUCAAACACAACGGUGACGCCAAAUGAUAUAUUUUCUGAAUUAAAUCAAUGUCUGUUAGAGUUGCAUAAUAACCUAAAUGAACACGGUCAUUCAGUACAAAUAAACCCUGAUCUAAUCGAUGCAGUCAAUCAGGUGAAUGAAAAUUUAAGAUCGUCAGAACAGAGCAAUACUCAAAAUGAAAACCCCAGUCGAAAUUCCAUUCAAACUGUAUCAAGUACACCGGUGACGUCGCACGACAUAUUUUUCGAAUUAAAUCAAUGUCUGUUAGAGCUACAAAAUAACCUAAUUGAACAAAGAGAAUCUAUGCAGAUAAAUCCAUGUUUAAUAGACGUGGUGAAUCAAAUCAAUGAAAAUAUGUCAUUAUCUCCCGUUCAGAAUAUCGUCUCGACUCCAGAAAACGCUCAGGAACCUAGACCGUUAUGUUCUCAUGAUAUGAUACACGAACUUAAUCAAAGUCUUAUGAGGAUAAGUGACGGUCUUGUUAACUUAAUCGAAAACCCUGACAAUAUUGCACAAAAUUCGGAAAACGAUAAUGAACGCAACCGCCCAAUGGAAAACAUACACUCACCUAAUACCCAAGAUUCUCAAAUGGAAAACACACAUUCGCCCGAUACCCAAGAUUCUCAAAUGGAAAACUCGCCCGAUAUCCAAGUAGAGCAAGAGGGUGAUGGAUUAGAUCCUAAUAUUAGAACAAUUAAUCGGGAAAGAUUCAACAACACUGAGAUUAGGAGAAGAGUGAAUUUUUCUUCUAUCGCGAACGUUGACAGCUUUGCAGAUUUUUAUAAUUAUGUUUUAGAGAUUUUAAACAGCGCGAUUGAAAUCGCUAACAAUUUAAUUUCUGCCAAGGAUGUAGUCACCGUUGAAAUUAGAGGUGAUACGAUCAAUGUUUCAUCACGCGUUCAAUUAGACAAUGGUGUCAUCGAUUUAGGUUCUUUUCUGACCAUGCUCGAAAAUGCAAUUCAGAGUAAACGUGAAAUUUUUACCGAUAAUACCCUUGAAAUAGUUGUCCAAAUCGUUCGACCACCUCGGGGUGGUGGAAUUAGAAGGAAAAUAGGCCAUAUAUUCAAAACAGAAACCCUGCAGAAGAAAAUGCAGCAUCUAUACAUUUUUCACAACAGAGACAACAUGUGCUUCGCCAGAGAGAGAAAUAGUUGGUAUAGAUUGUAACCGUAGUUUUGACAGGUAUAGGUCAAAGGUCAAAAAGAUACACAUUCUAACUCUCUAUAUCUAGAUCAAAGGUCAUGAUCAUAAAAAUAUGAAUAGUUAUGUUAAAUCUGGAUCACAUCCAUUCGUGACCAUAUAUGGUGCUGCCAUGUGUGUUUUUCCGUCCCACACGUUGCGCACACCUGGUACAUCUUUUCACAUAGAAUAUGAAACUCUCUGUGGUAGGACAUAAAAAUAUAUAUAGUUUUGUUAAAUCUGGUUCACAUCCAAAUCGUGACCAUACCUGGUACGACCAUUUGUUCCCCCCACCCCACC